CAAGUGAAGGAACUCUGAUCCACCAUGGGAAACAGGCCAUCAAAGAGUGGCAGCGGAGAGGAACCUGUCAAAACAACUUUGUUUGAAAGGGAGCCAAGUGGGAUAACAUACAGAAUUCCUGCUCUCAUCUACCUGAGGCACUGUCACACCUUCCUCGCCUUUGCAGAGAAAAGAUCCUCGCCCUGUGACCAGGACGCCAAAAUACUUGUGAUGAAAAGAGGAACGCUGAAAGAAGAUGGAUCUGUUCAGUGGUCAUCCAGUCAAGAGCUGACGACAGCAUGCCUACCAAACCACCGCACUAUGAAUCCUUGCCCAGUCUUUGAAAAAAACAGCAAAACUCUGUUUUUAUUUUUCAUCUCUGUUUGGGGAAACACAAAAGAGAGUAAGCAGAUCAUCACAGGUAAGAACAAGACACGUCUUUGCUGUGUUAGCAGCAGUGAUGAUGGGCAAACUUGGAGUCAAGUGAGAGACUUAACAGAGAGCGUGAUUGGCGAAGCUAUCCACAAGUGGGCCACAUUCGCUGUGGGUCCUGGCCACGGUGUUCAGCUGGAGAACGGCAGAUUGAUCAUCCCCGCUUACGCCUAUUACGUCCCUUACAGAUGCUGUUCUUUCCCCAUCCCUUUUACAGUCUACCCGCGUGCUCUGUCAGUAUACAGCGAGGACUUUGGACAGACAUGGCGCAUUGGUAAGAUGCUUCAAAAGAAGUCAUGUGAGUGUGAAAUGGCAGAGAUCAUAGAUCACGAGGGCAGGAGUCAUCUUUACUGCAAUGCCCGUAAUGCCGGAGGCCACAGAUGCGAGGCCCUGAGUGAAAACAGCGGCGUGUAUUUUGACAAGCCCCACAUGGCUUCAGAGCUGGUUGAGCCACGUUCUGGCUGUCAAGGCAGCGUCAUUGGCUUCCCUGCUCCUGAAUUUGUCCCAAACGAUGACGCUGAAAGCAAAGCCUGUGGCACGUCGCUCUUGUCACCAGACACGCAAACCUGGCUCCUCUUCAUGCACCCGACCAACAAGUCCACCAGGAGGGACAUGGGCGUGUAUUUGAACCGAUCUCCUCUGCACUCAUCCGGAUGGGACCGGCCCAGGAUCGUCCACAGCGGACCAAGCGGGUACUCAGACCUGGCUUACAACGGGGACAAGGAUCAGUUUUCGUGCCUGAUGGAGUGCGGGAAAGAAAGUGAACUUGAGCAGAUUGCGUUCAUGUCGUUUUCUCUUAAUGAUGUCAUGCAGACAGGGAGUAGGAGAGACAAGAAGAUGCGCUGAAUUGUGGUUGUUUUAUUUCUGUAUUAACAAAGCUCUCUUACAUUCUCCCGCAACCUAAAAAAAGAAAAGAAAAAAAAAAAAGAAAAAUCCAAGCCGAAGCCACUAAAUAUGCUGUGCAGUAACAUCCGUCUGUGUUUACUAUUGUUCUACAUUCUGGAGAUGAUAAUGCAUGCAUGAGUCGUGUGUUUUGUUGUCUCCUUGUUUACAUGAGAAAGUAAUUCAAGUCUUAAUAUUAUCAAUAUGCAACAAGCUGUGUAAGGAAGGAAACAGUUUUUAAUAGAUUGGAUGGUUUGUUUUAA